GCGGAGUUAGGGAACCGCGGUGUUUCUCUCGGGCAGGCGGAGUUAGCGCACGUAUCCAAGGGAUCGAGAGACGCGGCGUCGGUGCGAGAGAAAAGGAGCCCAAGGGACGAGUGACGGAAGCCGCUGGGUCGUGACUAGGUGGUGUUCGCCAGAAUGAUGACAGCCGGGUAUCCUGAGCAAGGAGGGGGUGGUGGGGGCCCGCCCUCGACUGGAGCCGCUGCCGUGGGUGGUGCUACAGCCCCCACGCCGCAACCUGUUGUUCCCCCCGCCCACGCCGCCGCCCACAACGCCCACGAACAGUGCCUCUCUGGCCAGCCUCUGCCGCCCGACCACCAUGGCUACCACGACCAGGCGCAGUUCGAGGCUGACAAGCGAGCCGUCUAUAAGCAUCCCCUCUUCCCUCUGCUGGCACUGCUCUUCGAGAAGUGCGAGCUGGCCACGCAGAGCGCUGACUCCGUGAGCAGCGAUUCCUUCAACUUGGACAUCCAGGCCUUCGUGCAGCACCAAGAGCGGGACCGCAAGCCUUUCCUCAUGAACGACCCCGAAGUAGACGGCCUGAUGAUCAAGGCGAUCCAGGUGUUACGCAUCCACCUGCUGGAGCUGGAGAAGGUGCAGGAGCUGUGCAAGGACUUCUGCAACCGGUACAUCACCUGUCUGAAGGGCAAGAUGCAGAGCGAGAACCUCUUGAGGACUGAGUACGGCUACGACUCCCCGGGCUCUCCUGACGGCGGGAGUCCCUACAACGCGCAACUCGAUGAAUCGUUUCUAAAUCGUCGCGCUAUUCAUCAUCCAAGAGGCGAAAUCAGGAACACUCCUCGGCCGCGUCCACACAAGGUCACGAUCGCCCUUGCUAGAAGCCUGCCUUAUAUGACGAGGCACCAGGAAGCGUGUGGAGGCAUAAAGUCGUUAGGAACCGCAGUCGUUAGCGAGCUCUAUUCUCCUUCCCGAGCCAUACAUCUGGAGCUCCCCGCAACGAGUUGCGGGUUAAUGCUCGUCCCUGUCGUCCCUGUCAACGCUAUUGUUCUUUUUGAUAUCAUAAUUCGGCUGCGAGGAAGCUGUGCCCGCGAGGGUGUUGGCGGCGGUGAUGCUGCAACUUUGGAUAACGAGUCUCUGAGUCUGGAGAGUCACCUCAUCAGCCCCGCAUUUCCCAACAAGCCCUCUCGAGUGCACAAGAACUCCGCCACAUGCACACCGCAUCAUGCAUUGCAUCAUGCGAGUGCGUCUCCGUGA